GCAUCAAUAUUAGCCAAGUUCUUCUUCCUAAAAUUUUAAGCAAACCAGUAGCUGCCUUAACACUGUCCAAGUUUUCUUGUCACCUUAAAGUGCACCUUUCACCUUACUCACCAUUUAUUGCCUAUCUCAAGUGUGUGAAUGAGAGAGGGGCAGAGAGAUUUUAUUUUUAUAUUUAUUUUUAGUUUUGCAGGAAAAAAUUGAACCCCGCUCAAUAUAAAUGAAGCCCUCUCCUUUGUGUCCUUUCAUCUUCAAUCAAGAGGUUUAUUCAUUCUUCUUAAAACCCUACAAGAAAGGAAAGAAAAAAGAUCACUGCAAAAUGAACCAGAUUUUCUCAACAUUCCCUCUUGUGUUCUUAUUCUUCUUUCAGUGCACUCCAGCUCUUUCGCAGAGUCCGUUGCCUGCGCCGACACCUCCAGCGCCUGCUCCUGUACCUCCAGUGCUGCCUCCUGUACCUCCGGUGCUGCCACCUGCACCUCCAGUGUCAGCUCCUGUACCUCCGCUGCCUGCUCCUGUAUCUCCGCUGCUGGCUCCUGUAUCUCCAUCGCCGUCUCCUGCACCUUCCUUUCUCACCGACAUCAGUUCUAUUCUUCAAAAGGCCAAGAAAUAUUCGACACUUGUUCGACUCCUAAAAAUCACCCAAGUGGGUGAUCAACUCAAUACACAGCUUAACAAAUCAAGCCAAGGUAUCACAAUACUUGCUCCAACGGAUGGUGCAUUCUCUAACCUCAAACCAGGCAUGUUAAACUCUCUCACUGAUCAACAGAAAACCGAACUGCUACAAUUCCACGUCCUACCUUCAUUUUUCACUGUCUCCCAAUUCCAAACCGCAAGCAAUCCAGUAAGAACACAAAUUGGUAAUAAUGAAAAUUUUCCACUCAAUAUCACUGCAACUGGGAAUCAGGUGAACAUAACCACCGAUAUGGUUAAUGCAACAGUGGCAGGUACAGUAUAUACAGACAAGCAGCUAGCCAUAUAUGAGGUUGACAAAGUACUCCUUCCGCAUGGUCUAUUUCUAGCUCCGCCGCCAGCUCCUGCACCUCUAAAACCCAAAAAGCAGCCGGCUUCAGAUUCUUCCCAAUCUGAUGAUACUACUGCUACUACUUCUACUCCCGUUGAUAUUUCUGAUGGAAUUUAUCUGUCCCCACAUGCAUUGCGUGCAAUGUCCAGUACUGUCCUUGUUUUGGCAGCAUUUGUCUUGGGUGUGUGAAAAGUGUGUGCUAAUGGAGUUCUUUGUAUCAUGCUUAUAUUAUCUUCACCGAACUACAUUUGUUUGAUGUAAUAAUCUGUCAUUAUGCAAAAAUUAUUUCAGUUUU